AGUGGGGGCGGGUAUCUGUAUCAGUUACUAUUUAACUGACACUUCUCCAAGGGUUUAGUUGCAGUCAGUCAUGGGUCGCCCCGGGAAGCAGAUGUGGACAUGGACACUGUGUGUCUGCUUGAGCUGGAUGUGUGUGGAUCAGGUGCUAGGAAAGCCCCAGUACAUGGUGGCCAUUCCUGCUAUUCUUGAGGCUGGAACUGAAAGACAGUUCUGUGCGAGUCUUCUGAAGCCCAACGAGACUCUGGCCAUGACCGUCAGAUUAGUUUCUGAGGAGGAAGGCUUAAUCCUCUUCCAGCACAAGUCCAGUGAAGAGUUUCACAUCUGCACUCAGUUUAAGGUCCCAUUAGUUAAGGAUAAAACGGUGCAGAGGUUUGAAGUGGAAGUAAAAGGUGACACCUUUUACUCCAAAGAAGUCCGAAAAGUUCAGAUCAAAGUCUUUAGACCAAUGACGUUUAUCCAAACUGACAAACCCAUGUACCUUCCUGGACAAACAGUGAAUUUCAGAGUUGUCUCUCUUGACACAAGUUUCAGGCCUGCUAACCGCCAAUACAAUGUCAUUGAAAUUGAGGAUGGAAACAAUAACCGUAUUGCACAGUGGCUGAAUGAGACAUCCAACAGUAGAAUAUUGCAGCUUUCUUACCCCCUAAAUUCUGAGGCUCGUGAAGGAACCUACACAAUCACAGUGUCCGCUCGUGAAAAUGAUGUAAAUCACAACUUCAAAGUGGAGAAAUAUGUUCUGCCUAAGUUUGACGUAAAAAUAGAUGCAUCUGAAGAAGUAAGUAUCGUACAGGAAGAAAUCAAGGUUGAAGCAUGUGCAAAGUACACAUAUGGACAGUCAGUUCCAGGAAACGUUCAUCUGGAGGUGUGUCGACCACUAUCGCGCUAUGUGGUCCCUGAUGUGGUCGCUCCCUGCUACAAAGAGUCAAAGCAGACUGACAAGUCAGGCUGCGCUACCUUUACAUUAAAGUUGUCAGCUUUUACAAAAGUUGACCAGAAGGUGCUUCAAGAUGUCCUGGAUGUCCGGGCCAGCGUGGAAGAGGAGGGGACAGGUAUUUCACACCUACAACAGAAGAAAAUAACUUUAUCCUUUGUUGCUGGUAAAUUUUCUUUUAUUGAUACACCCAAGAUUUAUCAACAAGGAUCAAACGUGGAGGGAAAAGUUAAGGCUGUGAAUCAUAAUGACAAGCCCAUUGCGGACAUGACACUGCACCUGUUUGAGGGGGAAAAGUGGUCGUCACGGCUGCUACAGAAUGUCACCACUGACAGUGAAGGUGUCGCUUCUUUCUCAUUUAGCACAGCCAACUACAACACGGACAUUAUCCUACAUGUUAGCAACAAAGUGCCACUGGAAUACGCUGGUUAUAGGAAAGUUUACUACGAAGACGGAAAUCACAGAUUGUCUCUGGCGCAGGAUGUUUCUCCUGACACCAAAACAGUCAGCUCCCUGGAGGUGAAGAACAAAGAUAAACCACUUCUCUGUUACGCAGAAGAGGAUGUUUUCAUCCAGUACACUGUGGUUGGAGAGACCCCAGGCAACGUGGAUGUGAUGUAUCUGGUUUCAUCCAGAGGAACGAUACACACACAAGGGCUCAAAAAAAUUAAAUUGCAUGAUAAACCAGUGAAUGAGGGUGAGGUGUCCUUCGAGCUGAAAGUGUCUCCAGACAUGGCAUCAGAUGUCCGGGUGGUAGCCUACGCCGUUCUCCCCAGUGAGACAGUGAUUGCCAGCAGUAGAGAGUUCUCCACAGAGAAAUGCUUCAGAAACAAGGUGUCGUUGGAGUUCUCUCCGUCCUCAGCCGUUCCUGGAGAGGAGACCACCCUGAAGGUGACGUCUGCACCUGAUUCUCUGUGUGGCCUUAGUGCUGUUGACCAGAGUGUCCUCAUUAAGGAGCCAGGGGAGAGUCUGACAGCAGAUAAGAUAUUUAAUUUACUGCCUGUUGCAAAAUCUACCUAUAUUCCAUUUGAGGUUCAGGAUCCUACUGAGUGUCUGACUGUCAGAACAAAAAGAUACAUUAUGCCCCGUCCUGAUCAUAACCAGAAAGAUGCUUUCACAGUUUUUCAGGACGUAGGAAUGAAGUUGGCAACAAAUCUGGUUGUUCAGAUACCUUCAUGUGUCAAGUACAAAGGAAGAGAAUAUUACUAUGGAAGCCAUGGUUAUGUGGUGUAUAAAUCUGACGGCAUGAGAAUGGCAUCUCCACCUGUUGCUAUUGCUCUUGAACGCUCUAGUGCAAAUGUUUUUGAUAGAGAUACAGUACCAGUUGUGACAGUCCGCACUUUCUUCCCUGAGACGUGGAUAUGGGACCUGGUGGAAGUUGGAGAGUCUGGACAGAAGGAUGUGUCCCUCACGGUCCCAGACACCAUCACCACCUGGGAGACGGAGGCUUUCUGUUUGUCCUCUGAGGGUUUUGGUUUGGCUCCUCGUAAACAGAUCAAGGUCUUCCAGCCCUUCUUCCUGGAGCUCACUCUGCCCUACUCCAUCAUCCGGGGGGAGAACCUUGAGCUGAAGGCGACUGUCUUCAACUACCUCAGCAGCUGCAUCAUGGUCACUGUGACUCCUGCCCCGUCUCCACAUUACACCCUCACUCCUCUCUCUGGUGACCAGUACACGUCCUGUCUGUGUGGCAGCGAGCGUAAAACCCUCAGCUGGACCAUGGACCCGUCCAGUCUAGGCAAAGUGAGUGUGUCUGUGAGUGCGGAGGCUGUAACAUCCGACGUUACAUGUAACAAUGAGGUUGUGAUGUUGCCAGAAAGAGGACGUGUUGAUGUGGUCACAAAAUCCCUGAUUGUCAAGGCUGAAGGAACUGAGAUCACAAACGCCUACAGCUGGCUGCUCUGUCCAAAAGAAGAGGCUUUGACAAAGGAAAUCGAACUACAGCUUCCUGUGAAUGUCAUUGAAGGAUCUGCCCAUGCUUCUGUUUCUGUCCUGGGCGACAUCCUGGGCCGAGCCCUGCAGAACCUGGAUGGCCUGCUACAGAUGCCGUAUGGAUGUGGGGAGCAGAACAUGGCUCUUCUAGCUCCCAACAUCUACAUCCUCCAGUACCUGAAGAACACACAGCAGCUGAGCCCAGACAUCAACAAGAAGGCGACAAACUUCCUCACCAGUGGCUACCAGAGACAGCUGAACUAUGAGGAUAAUGGAGCUUACAGCACAUUUGGGUCAGGACCAGGAAACACUUGGCUGACGGCGUUUGUGCUGAGAUCUUUUGCUAAAGCUCAGUCCUUCAUCUACAUUGACCCAACAAAGAUUAAAGAGUCUAAGACCUGGCUGAUUAAUAAACAAAAGGCAAACGGCUGCUUUGAAAAGUCAGGAAACCUCUUCAACAACAGAAUGAAGGGUGGAGUGUCUGAUGAAGUGACUCUCAGUGCUUACAUCACUGCUGCCUUCUUGGAGAUGAACACAUCAGCUGAUAGUCAGGUGAUAACAAAGAGCCUGUCCUGCCUCAAAGAGUCUAUCAGUGACCUCAGUAACACCUACACUACAGCUCUGCUGGCCUACGUCUUCACUCUGGCAGGAGACAUGGAGACUCGUUCUCUCCUUCUGCAGCACCUGGACAAAGUCGCAUCCAAAGAAGGAGGUUUCCUCUACUGGUCUCAGAGCUCAGAGGAAACUUCAGCCUCUCUGUCUGUGGAGAUCAGCUCCUAUGUGUUACUGGCCAAACUCAGUGCCUCACCUACAGCUGAGGACCUGGGCUACUGCUCCAGUAUCGUUAGGUGGCUGACGGGGCAGCAGAACCAGUAUGGAGGCUUCUCCUCCACCCAGGACACAGUGGUGGCUCUCCAGGCUCUGGCUCUCUACUCCACUCUGGUGUUCAGUCCAACAGGUUCCAGCACAGUGACGGUCCAGUCUCCCAGUGGCCAGCUGACAUUUGAUGUGAACCAGAACAACAAGCUGCUGUACCAGGAGAAGACGCUGCAGGACACAACAGGAAAGUACAGCCUGGAGGUGAAGGGCACCGCAUGCGCUUCCCUGCAGAUUUCUCAUCACUACAACAUCCCACCUCCUGCCGAUGACACCACUUUAAGUGUGGAGGUCACACCAGAGGUGGAUUGUACCAGUAAAUCCCACAGACCUAAACUCACUCUAAAGCUGAAAUCUCAAUACAAAGGAAAGGAAAACAGUACUAACAUGGUCAUUCUGGAUAUUAAAAUGCUGUCUGGGUUUGUCCCAGACCCAGACUCUCUGAAAAACCUCAAACUAAAAUUAUUUGUGGAUCGUGUUGAACAAGAGGAAGAUCGUGUUCUGGUCUAUUUUUCACUGGUACCAAAGGGUUUACCAUUGGAGCACACCUUGGACCUCGUUCAGGAGAUAGCAGUCCAGAACCUGAAGCCAGCUGUAGUCAAGAUCUACGACUACUACCAACCAAGUGACAAUGCAGUUACAGAAUACAUUAACCCUUGUGCUGCAGCUUGACAAAUUAAAUGUGGCCAAUGGAGUUUAAGACCAUUUUAUUAAAACUUUUUGUACAGUAUUCUGUCACACAUGCUUUCAGCUGUGUAAUUAAACUGAAGUUCAACAUACUUCAUACAACAUACUUGUUCAUUAUGACUGUAUUAUUCCUGCUGUUCUUCAAGGCUGGAGCUGUAUCACAGUUCUGUCAGUCUCCUGAUGCCUUGUAAAGCAGACGUGAAGAGUCUGAAUACUAAUUAAGUAACAUGGCUUUAAGCAGUUUAUUCCCUUCUUAGUUUACUACAGUAAAUAAUCACUGGUAGAAUCUAAUAAAAUAUCUUUGGCAUUAAACACAGGUGAGAUCAGUGUUUUAUCACUGUCUGUGCUGUCUUAGAUAAUUAUUUUUAUUAAAUACAGAAAGAGAUGA